AUGAAUCCAAUAUUUUUAAUCAUUUUCUGUUUCCAUCAACAAGCGAGCAUAAUUCAAUCAUUGACAGCAUUUCGUGCAACUCAACAACAGGAACAACAACAACAACAACUAGUCAGCAGUCCCAUGUACCAAAAUGAAUUCUUAUCAUCCGAGGGCACUGGUGACGAUAUCCCACAACUGGAAGGAAACCAGAGGCGGCAACACGAUGAACAAGAAGACCUGCACCAAGUAAAUCCAGGUAAAUUUAUUCGUGAAAAGGCAUCACCGCCAUUAUUUUUCUUGCCACCAUCACGCUCAUUUUCAAAUAGUGAUUUGAAUAAUUAUCCUCUAAAACCAACAGUGUAUCAGUAUGUUAAGUCUUGCUGUAAUCGUGAAGUAAUGCGACCGAUGGGUGGUGGACAUAUGACAGGACCGUGUUGUGCACAGUUAAUACGAUUUAAUUAUUUCAUUCGACUAUCGUAUAAAUGGUUUAAAGAAGUAAUGAAACAAACUAAUAAAACAUAAUAAUAAUAAUAAUAACAGUGAAAAUUAUGCCUAAAAUAUAUUCGGUAACAACAAUCUUUGUUUUCUGAAAUAAAUACUGUUCAAUGUCCAAGUGUAUUGUGAUACAAGAUGUCUAAUUCAAUGUGUUCACAAUGUGGACACUGGACAUAUUGAAAUUUAGCGCGACCAUUGAAUAGUCUCGAUAUAAUACCUGAUACUGAUUCAUUUGACACUAAUUUGAUUUUCUUUCUUUUUUUCGCGAUUUCCUCUAAAUGUUGUGUGUGUGUGUGCUAUUCCGCUUUUGAUUGAUUGAUUGAUUUUCUAACACCAUUUCUUUGUUAUUUUCUCGUUAUCUCCUGUGACACACACACUCUAUAGACAUCUCUGUUUGUAUUGUGAUGCUGAUUUUUGUUAUUAUUAUUAUUAUCCAAUUAUGUUGAAUAGAAUAUAUUUUUUAUUAUGUAAUAAUAAUAAAAGGGUUGAAACUUACUCAUCCAAACAAAACUACACAAAAAAAAAUAUUGAACAACUUCUGUUACAUACGUUCUGUGUUCAUGAUUGACAUUCUGUAUUGUGUGUAUGUCUACACUUAUCACCAGCAACAGCGUCAUCAUCAUCAUCAUCGACAACCACUCAGAGACUAGCAAGAAAAAACAUUCACAUGGAGAAGGAAAAAACGCCAAAAGACAGAAAUCAACUGUCCCUCUCUCUCUCUUCGUUCUAAUCUACUCACAUUCAUCUUCAUAAGUCAGCCAGCCAACUGUUAAAAUUACGUGUUUUCGAAACUAAUUUUAUUUUUACAAUACCUGACCUGGCUAACUAACAAUUGAUUCAUAUGGAAAAAUUUGUACAUAAAAAAAUUAAAACUGAAUAAACAUAAAAGAUGUUGGAUAAGUGACUUGUUGAAUUCUACUAUUU